UGAAAUGGUUGUUUCAUGUGUUUGCCUUUUUAUCUUUUCUCAGUUGACACUGCCAAAAAGGAUAUCGUAUUCCUUCUGGAUGGUUCUGAUGGCACAAGGAAUGCCUUCCCUGCCAUGCUUGAUUUUGUUGAGAAAGUGGUGCAGAAACUGAAAGUGGGCGCAAACAAAGACCGUGUGUCUGUGGUCCAGUACAGCAGUGAUGCAGAGGCCCAUUUCCAUCUGAACACAUACACCACAAAAGAGGAUAUUGUGGAUUCAGUCAGGGGGCUGAGACACAGAGGAGGUAGCCCCCUUAACACUGGGGCAGCCCUCCAGUACGCCAGGGACAAUGUCUUUACAAGCUCCUCUGGGAGUAGACGGCUGCAAGGUGUCCCACAGAUGUUGAUCCUACUCAAUGGCGGAAGGUCUUUUGACAGUGUUGAGGCCCCAGCCUCUGCUCUUAAAAAGCAGGGCAUCUUUGUGAUUGGCAUUGGCGCAAGGGGCUCUGAUGUCGGGGAGCUGCAGAAGAUAUCAUAUGACCCUAGUGUUGCUCUAAAAGUGUCUGAGUUCACCGACCUCCCCAGUGUCCAAGAACAGCUCUCCUCUGUAAUGAGCACAGUGCUAGUAAGGGCCACGGCCAUGACACCAACAGUAACUGGUAAGAAAGUGACUUAUUUAUGCAAAGAUGUAAAGUGAAGAUAAUUGCAAUCCAUCACCCAUUGUCUCCCUCUUUAUCAUCCACACGAGGGUUGCGGGGUUGCUAGUGCCAAUCCC